CCGCCCCCCGCCGCCUCCGCGAAUAGAGGAAGGCGCGGGGUUAACCUGCAGCUGAGGCGCUUUGGGAAGGAGGAGGGAGGGAGCUUCCACCAGCGCUCUCCGCUCGCUCCCUCUGCAACUUUUGCCUUCUCGCUGCCCGCCUUGCACGGGAAGGAGAGCUCCUCCCGCCAAGCUUGCAGCCCUCCGGAGCGGCAUCGCAGCCUCCCAGCAGCCCUGCAGCUGUGGAAAGAUAUCCAUAAAGACUUGCCGCAUUACUGAAUUACAGGAGCUUUUGCCUAGUGUGUUCCAGGGCUUUGAUCUGCCCCCGGCUUCAGGUUUAUGAUGGUGGUGUUCACGUUCCUUGCUGCACUGAUGCUCACUGGAGUAUUCUCACAGGAUGUGGAUGAAACCAUCACAUUUACGCAAUGUACAGAUGGCUACGAAUGGGAUCCCGUCCUGCAGCGGUGCAAAGAUAUCAACGAAUGUGAAAUUGUGAAUGAUGCUUGUAAAGGUGGGAUGAAGUGCGUUAACCACUUUGGAGGAUACCUCUGCCUUCCCAAGAGUGCUCAGAUAAUUAUGAACAAUGGUCAAGAAGCAACAGCCACUGACACUGCAGGUGGCCGAAAUGGCAAUCCCAUCAUUCGGCGAACUCCUCCCGAUCUGAUCCAGUGUGCAUCUGGUUUUGAGGCAAGUGACCAUAAUGUGUGCCAAGAUAUCGAUGAAUGUGCAAUAGGCACUCACAGCUGCAGGUCAGAUCAGAUAUGCGUUAACUUGAGAGGAUCAUUCACGUGCCAGUGUCCAGCUGGGUAUCAGAAGCGAGGAGACCAGUGUGUCGAUAUGGAUGAGUGCAUGCUCCCUCCAUUUUGCCAUCACCGAUGUGUGAAUACUCCCGGCUCCUACUACUGUCAGUGCAACUCUGGUUUUCAGUUGGCAACCGACAAUCACACGUGCACAGACAUCAAUGAAUGCGAGACCAGCAACCCGUGCGCGCAAAUCUGCUACAAUAUCGUUGGUUCUUUCCUGUGCCAGUGCAAUCAAGGCUUUGAGUUAAGCCCAGAUAGAAUCAACUGUGAUGAUGUGGAUGAAUGCAGGACUUCCAGCUUCAUAUGCCAGUAUCAAUGUGUCAAUGAGCCAGGGAGGUUCUCCUGUUUGUGUCCAGAUGGAUACCAAUUAGUCAGAGGCAGAAAUUGUCAAGACAUAAAUGAAUGUGAGGUGGGUAACGAGUGUCGGGAGGAUGAGAUGUGCUGGAAUUACUACGGUGGCUAUCGCUGUUAUCCGAAGAAUCCUUGUCAAGAGCCUUAUGGGCUCACAUCUGAAAAUCGUUGUGGUUUGUUUUACAGUCGCUGUGUUUGCCAGGUAACCAACCCCCUUUGUCGAGACCUGCCAUACUCCAUUGUACACAAAUAUAUGAGCAUCCGCUCAGAAAGAGCCGUGCCGUCUGAUAUCUUCCAAAUCCAGGCAACCACGAUUUAUCCCAAUACAAUUAACACGUUCCGGAUUAAAUCUGGAAAUGAGAAUGGAGACUUCUUUCUGAGACAAACAAGCCCGGUGAGUGCGAUGCUUGUAUUAGUAAAGCAGCUCACAGGACCACGAGAGCAUAUCAUUGACCUGGAACUGCUGACGGUCAACAAUAUGAAUUAUCGGUCGAGUUCGGUGCUCCGGUUAACGUUAAUUGUAGGACCGUAUUCCUUUUAGUCACUGUCACAAAGCCCUUGGCAAGCACCCCAGAGCAGCCAAAGAAAUAUUCUCUUAAAUGAAGCACUUAUGACUUUAUUUAUAGAUUUUAUGUUUGUUUCUGUUUUUUUCUUAAGGGAAAAAAAACUUUAUUAAGGAAAUUAGUACUUGUAACCAUGCUUUUAAGCCUAUAAUUCAAAAGUAGCAUUUGUGUUCCAUAACAUAGCCUGGUACUGCUGGUUUCCACAUUUCCCCUCCUUUAUGGCUACAUCAGCUGUCCAUCUGCACCAGGGGUAGCCAACUGAACUGCAUUGUUUCUUGUCAUUGACUGGAAAAAAAAGAUUGAUUGAUUGAUUGAUUGAUUGUUGCUUUGAUGCAGGGUUCCAGGUCCAAUCCUGUUCAAAGGAUAUCAGGUAGCAGAGCGGAGAAGGACCCCUUGCUACUACCAAUUAGAGUAGACCAGGGAUGCCCAGCUUCUGCCCUCUUGUUGGACUACAAGUCCCAUCACCCCUGACUAUUGGCCACUGUGGCCAGGGAUGAUGGGAGUUGUAGUCCAACAACAGCUGGGAGGCUGAAGUUGAGCACCCGAGGGGUAGACAAUACUGGGUUAAUUGGACCAGUAGUCUGACUUUCUGUAGGGCAGCCUCAGACAUCUUUCUCCCAUCUAAGCAAAUGGCUGCAAAACAGAAUAAUAUACAAGCUCUUCCUACACACACACACACACACACACACACACACACACACACACAGCAGCCUGUGUCAAUGAAGGGCAUUUUUCUUUGUAUACAUUAUAUACUACUACUGCAGAUAUUUACACUUCAACAAAAGUUCUCAAAGCGGUUUACUUUUAAAAAUAAUAAUUAUAAUAAAUUGUUCCCUGUCCUAAAAGGGCUCAUAAUCUAAAAGGAAAUAUAAGGUAGACACCAGCAACAACCACUGGAGGGAUGCUGUGCUGGGACUGAAUCGGGACAGUUCCUUCCCCCCUGCUAAAUACAGAAGAAUCACUACUUUAAAAGGUGCCUCUUUGCUCAGUUAGCAGCUAGUAUAUAAUAUAUCUCUGUGUAUUUCUCCUUCUUAACUGUCUCGUAAGGAUGGACAAAGGUCAGUUUUUAAAAAAAAGAACCAGUUCCUUAGUCACUUGUUUGCUCUCUUAUUGGGGUUUAAAAAAAAAUGAUUUAGGAUUAAUGAGCACCAUAAAGAGAGAAUAGUUUGCACUGGGCGUUUUCCUGAGCUCCAGAUACUGGACAGAUCUUUUCUACUUAAACAUAUCACUCAUUAACAUUUUAUCUUUUCCGAGAAAAAUGGGACAUAAAGAGAAAGCUUUGCCAACAGUGAGUGAAGUUUCCAGUGGAAAAGAAAACAUCAUUCUGAGAAGCAUUUCUGUAUGAGUAUUGAUGCUUGUUUCAUAAAACAGUCUUUCAAGUUCCUGUACAGCCAGGGGGAAAUAAUAUAUGUUUGUAUACUAAGACUCCCCCCAAUCUAAAAAACAGCUGCUUGUAAGUCAUUGACUGAAAUAAAGAUCCGUUCGUUUGUUCAAGUUUUUUUCUUUUCUUUCAAUCAUUUGGCUUAGGUUAUUUUCAGAUUCUGGGAUCCAAGCCUUGGGCUCCCCUUUCUUAAGCUUUCUACAAUACAGCAUUGACUUAAUUCAGUCUAUAGAUCUGUUUUAUCACUCAGAUUUGCAGUUCUAAUGUACAGUGUUUGUAAAAUCCAUAGUAGGACUUGGAACUAGCAGCAUCCUUUUGUAAUAUGUUAAACCUUCUCUUGUUUCUUCUCCAAAAACAUAAUGGAGAACUCCUUGGUGUACAAAUUUUUUAAAAAAAUAAAAUAUACUUGUUUUAGUGGA